GCCCACCUCCCUUCACACCAACGAUUCGUUGACAGUUUUGGCAUUAAGUAUAAGUUCAGUCGUGAAUCUGCGCAUUCACACACACACACACACACACGCUGACAGAAGAGUCGCGCAAUGAGUCGAGCCCCGAGGCAGGAGAUUUUCACGAACUCCUCCGGUAUGUCCGGAACUAAGAAACCGCAGAGCGGUCUGGGCGCCCCUGCACCGCCGGUCCCCUCCUCCGGGCUGUACGUGGACACCAGAUUCCCGGUGCAGAACAUGCCGGUUCAAAACGACCUGGUUUGGAGACGACCGAAGGAGAUCUGUCUGUUUCCCCAGUUCAUAGUGGAUGGAGCCACUCGUAUGGACGUCUGCCAGGGAGUUCUGGGUGAUUGCUGGUUCUUGUCUGCGGUGGCGUCUCUUUCUCUCUCUCCUACCCUUCUGGAUCGUGUUGUUCCCGCAGGCCAAGGUUUUCAGCAGGGAUACAACGGCUGCUUCUGCUUCCAGUUUUGGCAGUAUGGCGAGUGGAUAAGUGUGAAAAUUGAUGACUUUUUGCCGACAUGCAACAAUCAGCUGAUCUACCUGCACUCCGCCAGCAGAGAUGAGUUCUGGAGCGCUCUGCUGGAAAAAGCUUAUGCCAAGCUGAAGGGAGGUUACAGCGCUCUGAAUAUGGGUUUCCCUCAUGAGGCGAUGGUGGACAUGACAGGUGGAAUUACGGAGGUUUUCAUGGUGGCGUCUCUCCCUCGGGCGCUGGGUUUAUUCUUGGGGUCUUUACUGGAGAAAGGAGCUCUGAUCAACUGCGCAAACUCACAGGGUCCCCUUGAGAAGAGUAAUGAGUUUGGGAUUUUGUUCAGACAUGCCUAUUCCGUGACAGCACUGGAGACGGUCAAGAGCACUAUUGGUCCAGUUCAGCUGGUGCGGAUCAGGAACCCGUGGGGUAAAGCUGAGUGGGAAGGACCCUGGAGUGACAAAAAAGGGAUCGAGUGGCAUAUGGUGACCGCUGAAGAACAGCGGCGUGUGCAGAGAAUCCAACAGGAAGAUGGAGAGUUCUGGAUGUCUUUGGCAGACUUCAGACAAAACUUUGAGCUGAUGGAGGUUUGUCACCUGAGUGAAGAUACGCUCAGUGAAGGUGAUGUGAAAAAGCCAUGGAAAUGUACAUCUCAUCACGGACAGUGGACUCCACUGCAGGGUUCUCCUCAGUAUAAUCUGACCCUGCUGGAGGAGGACGACGACCCCAGUGACCCUGAACUAACGUGUUCAUUCCUGCUGGCGCUCAUGCAGAAACACGCUCGGCAGAGAGGAACGCUGCUCUCCGUAGCACUGCACAUAUACAAGGCCCGUGAUCAUGGUGUCUCCUCCCGGGAGUCUCCGCUGCUCAGCUCCACUAAAGAUCAGGGAUUUCAGCAGCGGCCGGAGCUGGUGCUGCGCGGUCGCCUGGCACCCGGCCAUUACAUCAUCAUUCCUGCCAUACAAGAAACCAAUCAGAGCGGAGAAUUCCUGCUCAGAGUCCUGACUGAGAAAGGAAACACAACCACAGCUGCUGAGAGAGCUGGAGUAGCCACAGACUCCCUGACACAGCCACUGUCUCCAAGACUCACUGGUUUGCCGUCUACAAAUGAAGCAAGAGAUCUGUUUGUGAAACACUGUGGCAAGGGCCCUUACUGUCGGCCUCUGGAUCUCUAUAACCUGCUGACUGAAGCCAUCUCAAAGGGAGUCUUUGCAGGGAGCGAGAAGAUGCUGAGUCUGGAGCACUGCAAGAGCUUCGUGGUGCUCAUGGAUAGCCAAGGAAUGGGGCGACUCGACCUGACUGAGUUCCAGGCAUUGUGGGACAAACUCAGGAAGUGGACGAGUAUUUUUAUUACGUUCGAUAAAAACAAGAACCAGGCGCUGGAUUAUCCAGAAAUCUCCCCAGCUCUUUCAGCAGCAGGCAUAAAGGUGGACGAGUUCAUCCUGCAGCUGAUUGGCCUGCGCUACACGGAGCCAGACAUGACUCUUAGUUUCCCAGGAUUCCUCUUCCUGCUCAUGAAACUGGACUGCAUGAUGCGCAAGUUUCAAUCCUUUGACGUGACGGGAACAGGAAUGAUUUCAGUGAACUGCAGACAGUUUCUGCACAUGACGAUGUACAACUGAUCCCAGAGCAGCGAGAAGCUCCGCAUCUGCUGUAACUGUAGCUGCUGCUGCUGAUGGUCAGUACAGUCCUGCUGUAACACACAGACAUGAUGAAGAGCAGCUGCUGUAAUAAACACACUGCACUGGAGAACACUGCAGCUUUAUUGUACUGCAGACAGUGAACGGGUGAUUUGCUGAAUAAAAAUACAUUUUAAAAAAUC